AUGGGUGCUAAGACAUCAAAACUUUCUAAGGAUGAUUUGACCAGUUUGAAACAAUCUACCUAUUUUGAUCGUCGAGAAAUUCAACAAUGGCAUAAAGGGUUUCUAAGAGAUUGUCCCAAUGGUUUUUUGAAAAGAGAAGAUUUCGUGAGGAUAUAUAAGCAAUUUUUCCCAUUUGGAUCCCCUGAAGACUUCGCCAAUCAUCUUUUUGAUGUCUUUGAUAAGGAUAAUAAUGGUUAUAUUGAUUUUGAAGAAUUUAUCACCGUGCUAAGCGUGACGUCGAGAGGUACAUUAGAAGAGAAACUUGUAUGGGCAUUCAAGUUAUAUGAUUUGAACCAUGAUGGGUUUAUAACGUUUGAUGAGAUGUUGACUAUAGUGAAUAGUGUGUAUAAGACAAUGGGAUCGAUGGUUAAGUUACCGGAGGAUGAAGCAACACCAGAAUUAAGAGUCAAGAAGAUCUUUCAGUUGAUGGACAAAGAUGAAGAUGGCUAUAUAACGUUGAAUGAGUUCAGAGAGGGUUCUAAAGUCGAUCCUUCCAUCAUUGGGGCAUUAAAUUUAUACGAUGGGUUAGUAUAA